GUUCUGGCGACUCUCAGCGGUCGCUAGCCAAAUGGAAUCAAGUCACUGUUUAAUACCACUAAAAGAUGGAGAUAAACAAUAAUUCAAUAAAGACUAGUCACUUCAUUUUUGCAGAAAACUGAAAAUAUACGAGGAACAAGAAUUAACGAUGCAAGUAUUCAAUGAACCAGAACAGACCAUGUUGAAUAGAAGGGACAGCGACGAUUACAUUCCCGGCGACAAUACUUAUGCAACAAUACAGCAUCCCCACAGGCGAGGUUCCUCGCAUAUGGCAACAAUUUCAUUAGCAGGAGACCUGGCAGAUUAUGCCACUUUGUCAGGCGUGCCUCAUCACCAGAGUAGGAGCAACAGCAGCUCUCUAAGAGGAGCGCCAAAUUACUACGAGGCAGCCAUGGGCUUCCAAGGAUCCACCUUCCAAGUGCCGGACCGUCGAUUGAGCGGUUCUAACGAGUACGACCCAUACAGCGGUGGCGGUAGCACCGGAACUGCCGGUGCUAGAUUCAAGGGUUCAGAACUCACUAUUAAUCCCGAGGGACAUCCCGAAUAUAUCGCUGAACUUAUUUAGAGAUAAACAAUAAUUUAUUUACAUUAUAGAGAAGAGAGAAUAGUAAAUAAUUGAGAAGUAUAAAAGGUGCCCCAGAAUAACAUGCCAAUCUUUCGUAUGCAUAUGGAAUACAAAAAUAUGCCACAAGUGAUUUAAGAAAAUGUGCUACGCGGCUCGCUUAUAGAGUUAUAAUCCCAUCAAGGACGUUCCUAGAAAUAGAAUGACAGUCUAGAAUCCAACCUAAUUUUACAACUUGAAGGCCGCCUGUCACAAUACAAACUGUUGUUCAUACUUUGGUAUCAAAUUUCGUGAAAAAAUUCGUUCCCAAUUUGUUUACAAACUACAAUCCUGUCUCUGACACGUAAUGAAAUUUUUGUACUAACUUUCGUAUGAAAUCAUGCGCAGUUGAUAGAAAAAAGUUAUAACUGUCAACUUCUAACUGCCAUUUAUCACGUCAAAGUCAAUCUAACCACAAUUUACUUUGCGGCUUGCUAUAGCCUUUUUCGCGAGUAUCCAUUACGGUAGAAUGACAGCUGAUUAUCUAGUAAUAUUUCAAAAUUCCCCAUAUCGGCAAAGGACACAUAAUUCUGACGGAUCCGUCAAUGCCAGGUAGACAGAACCAUAUUUUGUUUUGUUUUUUGUACGCUGCAGAUUCAUUUUACACUUGCUAAAAGCUCUUUUAUUUAUAAAAAUCCAUUUGCAUACAAAAACAAAACGCUACAAACAAUUUUUACUAGUUUUAUACCCGAUUAUUGCAAACGUUGCAGACUAACAUGAAAAUAUCACUUGCUGAUCAGCUGUUCACCUCAGUAAUGUAAAAGAGUGAUGGAUACUCAUGAAAUAGGGUAUUCUUUAUUCCUUUAUUGCUUUAAACGAAUAGAAAAUUGUGAAAAAUGACUAAUCUGCGACUGUGGCAGCAGCGAUUUGCGUUGUAACUGCCCACCUCAUGAGAAAACGAAGUAAACGAAACCGUAAAAGAAUUUGAUGCCGAAAAUGGAUCAGGGAGAGGGACCAGAGCAUGGGUGUGCUCCAUAUGCUGAAUAAAGAACUUCUAGUGGAGGAUCCAUUGGCUUAUAAGUCUAGUUGGUUUUGAAAUAAUUCUGAUUUAAGUAGUAGAUCAUGACAUCUUUUAAGUUUUCAAUCUGUAAGAGCUGCUUUCAAAUGGUUUUUUGUUUGAGAGUGAUAUGCUCCCGAACAGUUCUAGACACAAUGCAUGGAAAUACCAUAUGCAGUGGAACGGUGUUGGUGCUGAGCUCUACUGAGUUACUCCGAGUUGCUCUGAGUAACUCAACUGGGUCACUGGAAAGCAGCUAAAUAGAACAGCAUAAGCAAGCGGAUUUCGCAAAACUGGUCAACACACCUGAUAACAUCAACUAAUAAAAGUGUUAGGCGUGUUUUGUCAACCAAUAAUCAUCUAAUCUAAUCAUCACAAAACAUCAAGGAUUUAACACAAAACAUGUAAUUCCGAAGCGCUUCUAUCAGACACUGUAUCUACUGCUCCAAAUGUGUAGUAGUCUUCUGCGCACUUUUAGUAUGAUAUUAUUUAGAACAGGUUCUCAAAACUUUAGCACUACAUUUAUUCAUACAAAAUUAUGAACUAAAUACUGUCUGACACUAUCCUUAAUUUUGUACGAAAUUUAGCGCACUAAAUUUAGCACAAAAUUUCGUAUCGUGACAGACGGCCUUUAUAAAUGGUUGCUACAUCAUCGGACAGUGUCUUGGAACACAACUCAUUUGGGCCUUCAGGGACAGAAUAAUCCCAAGGUAAUAUUGCUCAAUGAUAACAUCUAGACUGCAAAAUCUGUAAAAAUGUGUUUGACAUCGAUAAAAUGGAUGGUUUUUAAGAAAGAACCCUCUUGUUUCAGUUUAUUUCUAUUAUUUAUGGCACCGGAUCCAGUAUACUGAUUACGUCAUAUAUAAUAAGCCACCAAAAAAAAAACAACAAAAUAUAACCUUUCAGACUACUUGUUUGGGAAGUAGCUGCAGUGUAAAUCGAUAGGACCAGAGCAGAAACAAGACUAUUUGUCUCAAAAAUGACUCAUUUAAUCAUAAUCAAACAAGACAUUUUUUAGCCAUUAGGCUUUCCAAAAGGAUAUACAGGGUGUAAAAAAUGUCAGUGACGCUUUAAGUUUAGUCCGUUCCUGUUAUUCUAAAUGAUAUAGUUGCUUUCCACGGAUACCAUCAAGUUAGGCUGGUUAUUUAGCUGUCAAAAUUUCAUUGAGUUGUAUAGUGCCAUUCAAAAGUCAUUUGAGAAAAACCGACUUCCAAUAGCAUCCUCAGGGGCCUGUAUCUAUAUAGGACUACCCCGUAGGACAUUAUUUAUAGAAAUUUGAAUUAUCUUCUUGUACACGAGAAAUUGACAUAUUAUUUGGGACACCCUGUGUAGUAUCAUAUAAUCAGACGGCAAGGUCGAAUGUUUUGCGAAUUAGGUCAUUCCAAUGAUUCCAUUUAUAGAAGGUGCUCCGUUAUAAAUUUUCCAUCAAAGCAAUAAAUAAUAUUUUUAUUGAACCAAAUAAACUUCAUUGAAAUGCCGCUCGUUAACGAAGUACAGCUUUUUCUAUGGCUCAAGCUGUGUUCGACAUAUAAACAUGAAAUUGGGAUAAUCUGGCAUUCUCAUGAAAUAUCGAGAUUAUAGGCUAAAUAUAGUACGUUCUAGAUACUGUAUAAUAAAGUAUAAUCAUGUCAUUGCCACAAAAAUAUCUUGAGCUAUAGAGAAAUAAUGACUUCGAGAAAUAAAAGUCGACACCUAUCUCAUAACGAGUGACAUUUUACUAAAAGUCAUUUACUUGGUUCAAUAUAAUUUAUUAUUAUUGCAAGCUUUAUCCGUUAAUGCUUUUUGCACAUAUUAGUGCGGACCACUAUCUAUGGCAGUACAAGUUAAGCAGUCAUAGCACUGACGACGGUAACUCUCACAAAUUACCCAGCAAAGCUUGGGUAGCGCCUAAAGAAGCGUCCGGCACAACUUAACUAACUUCAGUAUUCGGAAAUCUCUAGUCUUGUUGGGGCACCAAUAUCGCAUAUUUUAUUUAUUAACAUAUCCAUCGAUAUGUAAAUGUACUUCGUCACUGGAUAACAUGUUUCCAAGCAUGUGUGCUGUCCGGCAUUGUUCUUGCGAAGUUUUCUCACAAAGGAUAGUCACUUUCGUUGAGACCCCGAACAAUUUGCAAUUUCUAUGGGUGGAGCUAUAAUUUCUUUUUCAAAUAACAUGCAAUGUUCAAUUUUAUUGCUAUUGAGCCCUCAAUAUUCCUUAUUGAUUUACUUGGAUUUCCAAUAAUUUUAUCUCGAACUUGAGACAUAUGUUCUGUUGCUGACGUUGAUGGUCCGGGGGAGUUCUGUUGACCACUGACCCUUCUUGCCUGCACAUUUUUACCCAUGGCCAGAUAAGUUACGUGGUCGGUCCAUCAAUUCAAUGAUUCACCUCACUUGAGAUAUUUCUCGACCUCAAUGCGAAUGCGGUCUUCCUCACCUAUGGCUCAUGGCGACUAACAAUUCCGCGAAUCCUGCGCUUCGAAUGAUACCUCUCCCACCUAAAUGAUACUUUGACUGGAUAUUGCAGUGUUUUGAACGAUAUUGGCAAGUCGAUUUCGAUAUCAUGAGUAUUUGCGGGAUAUAAGCACGGUGUCCCACUGCUAACCCCGUGAAGAUGGUCGCCACGAUUAUAUUGUCCCGCAUCCUUUUUAUCAGUAGCUUUGUGCCAUUUCACAGGUUGGGAGGGAUCAAGUUUCUUAACAGCUCUCUGUUAUAAGUAAGGUGAUCGAGAGGUGCAUAAAUCGCGAGCUUCUGGACUACCUCGAACGUCAAUUCUUGAUUAGCGACAGACAGUAUGGUUUCCGGCACCAGCGAUCCAUAGGGAACCUCCUAGCUUACGUCACGCUAUUGUGUAGUAAACUCAUCCAGUCUUAUGUUGAGGCUCAUGACGUUUCUCUUGAUAUCACCAAAGCGUUCGAUCAGCUGUGGCACACUGCCCUCUUGUGCCUCCCAGAAAAGCAUUGCAGAUGGGUGGCGACUUUCUCUCUGGCCGCAAGAUAUCCGUCGUAAUUGACUGGUUCUUUUCUUCCUCCCAGAACGUCAAUGCGGGUGUUCCCCAGGGAUCGGUGUUAUACAUAACGACCUACUUUCGUGCACGAUCCACCCAAUCCACAGCUUCGCUGUUGACAGUGCUCUACAUGCAGUAAUUCAGAGUGACAAGCCGAUCUCUGCCGCUGAGCAGGAAAAAAGACGACUAGCAACGACUUCAUCUCUAACAAGAGACCUGGAGGUUAUCACUGCUUGUAGACGCAACAAUCUUUUACAGUUUAAUGUUUCCAAAAAAACAGUACUGUACUUUGACGAACAAAAAGCGUCCUAGCGCUCAACUGGUUUCGAUGGAUAACCGAGUUCUACCAAAGAGCCGUUCAUUUCGGCUGGUCGAAGUUCAGAUCACCGAGGACUUGAUCUGGCACGAACACAUCUCGUCACUAGCGACAGCUGCUGGAAAAAAGUUAGGCUAUUGGCUUAGGGCUAAGAAGUACUUUUCUCCGCAUUCUAUACAAGGCUGAGAUAAGGCCAACCUCGAGUAUUGCUCACACAUUUGAGGUGCUGCCGCCCCAGCUACAUUAUGUAUGCUCGAUGUUGCCCAGAGGAGCGAUGUCCGAUGACUCUGCUCUAACAGACGGUCUCGGAACACUUUCGCACCGGCGGCAGCGGGCCGUCAGCGAUCUAUCUCUCUUCUACCGCUACACCAACUGACUUUGCUCCUUCUGAGGAGGCGGCAUCAUGGAAGAGAGCUCUGGCUCUCUUCCAUGAUGCCGCCGCGCGAUGUGUCCAUCAGAUAGACCGGCCUGACUUUGGCUUCCGAUCCUAACCGUGUCGAACUUCGUACGUCCAGAACUGGCCGAUACGACCGUUCCUUUGUCCCAAGGGUGUCGAGAUUGUGAAACAAUCUACAAAAGGGAGCUUCUGCCAGUUCUAUUAACCUUAGGCAGUUCAAAAAUUUGAAUAACAAAAUUUCUUUGGGAUCCUCUUAGCAGCCGCGGGGACCCGGCAUUUAGGCUUCUCCCUUCGCGGCUGCUUCGGUAUAAAAAACAGCAUGAUAGGAAUGUCGAAUUUUAACAUAAGGUUUUGAAGUGAUCAAAAGGGCUCAAAGAAUUUUAAAAGUCCUGAAGAUGGUGCACUAUAUCUUCAAUAUUACACACCGUAUCAACCGACUUAUACUGUUUGACCAGGAAUUUUCUGUAAAAUCAGUUUAUUUAUUUCGUUUCUCGAUGGAACUAUUACUUAAUUGAAAUGAGAAAGCAAUCGAGAACAAUGCAGCAAAUAGCGAAAUAUUUACAGAUUCUGCCGUUUCGAUGCUAUAUUAAUUUAUAGGUGAGUGACCGUGAUUGCCCUUAGUAAAUAUUGUUAUUUGACGUCAACAUACGUAGCAUAUUAUUAAUCACAAGUAAAUUUAGCCUGUGACACGUGCGAAUAAUGUAACUUCCCUCUGGUGAAAGAAUUUUCAAACAUUACUUCCUACAAACGACCUUACCAGCUUUACGUCUGUAUAAUAUUUGACUGCUAGUCUGAUCAAGUCACGAAAUGCUAAACUGCUCUGCACCCAAACAAGAAGUCAAAUGAGUUGUGCAAUAACAAAAACCAACCAUCACACUCCUUCAAAGUAUUGAAUAUAAUACACCAAAUAUCUCAAUCGAUUGACUAGUCCCAAAACGACAAUAUAAACAUAGAUAACUUUAAACAUGCAGUGCAGUUAUGUUGCAGUAUAUUUUGUGGUUUUAGUUUAUCCCCUUUUUUAAGCCUGCACUGUUCAUGUUUCGUUACGUGCAACAGAGCUUGUAUUAAGCAUGCGCUAUGAGUAUGGAGCUUUGCAAACUAUCAGAAGGCUAAAUCUUACAGCUCCAUCACUAUUCUUAGCAAAAGUAUGAUAGCUCUAUGACACAAUUCUGUAAUCACAGUAAUAUAUAUGUCUUAUUCAAACAAAUAAUUGAGCAAAAAACACACUAUGCAUAAAGUACAACAUUAAACAAAAUUUAAUUUCAAAUGACGGCUGCGAAGCGAAGAGGAUAAGAAAUAAUUUGAUUUUCAGUUUUAAUUGUACUAUGAUAUAACUGCAUUUUAUCUGUGUAGUUGCUGGAACAAACAUUUACUACAAAGUAUCAGGUAUACUCGUAUUUAUUCAUAGGUGAUCAAAGACGUAUUACCCUAGAAAGGCCAUAGAUUUGAUUUUAACUCGUGUGUAACCUGAAAUUUUAACAUAGUUUUAGGUAUGGGUAGGUAGUAUGGUAUAAAUAUAAACUGUAAUUCUGUUUCUAUCUUUUUCGGAAGUUGCAGAGGAACUCUGGUAUUUUCUUUGUUUACUCGUACAUAUAACCCUUGCCAAAUUGAACAUACAAUGACAAUAUUUGCCAAACUGUCGCAAAAUAGUUUUUAGAUUUUAUCGAACUGUUACGGUUGGCAUUGAACUUGGCUCUGGAUAAUGUAUCCGUAAAUACUUGCUGGGACAAACAAAAUUAUACAGCCAGAUGACGUAAAUAGUGUUCCGGUGUGCAAGGAGUUGAAUAAUCAAACCCAGCUAUAGUGUGCCUUUGAUAAGUAAUGACUGACCUCUUUGACCCCCCAACCACUGUGUUCGGUGCUCAGAUUUGUGUUAGGGAAUCUAAGCUAAUAAUAAAGUUUGUCGUCAGUCGCAAUGAAGUAGUACAUUACAUAUACCUUGGUGCAGACGUAUGCCACUAUUGGCAUAUCGCUUUUAUAUCCUAAGAUGCUUAGUGCCGAGGGAUAUAAUGUUCAAGAACAAUAAUUUCGUUUUCUACCGAGGUAUGAACCUAAUUUUUGUCACUACUAUAAUAUAUUAUCACAUUUAAUUUGAUUGGAAUGUGAAAUAUAGCAGAUCUGCGAAUUUCCUAAAUGUCCAGCAACACUGUACGGAAUAAAUCAAUCCGACUUUCAACCUGUCAAAAUAAUGGAAUAAGUAAAUUCUAUCAGCAACUGUAAUUGCAGUUACAAAAAUGGAAUCUGUAUCUGUUUAUUGUAAACAAUAAUUAUCAGUAACAGUAGUGACAAUUAUAUCCCUAACAAGCCAAAAAAGAUCUAAAUAAAUGCAUACGUUCAUUAUUUACCUAGGGUUCUUUCAUGAUUAUUAUUUACCUCGGGGGAGAAAUGUACCACUCUUUAUAGCAAUACGGUAAAUGAUGGCGGUUUCUCAGGGUAGUAGUGAUUAAAAGUCGUUUGCCAACUCGUGACACUUGCAAAUACACCGAAGAUGGACCGCUCUUUAAGCAGAGAAAACCAAUCAAAUUUUGUUUUUGGUCGAGCAAAAAGUGACGCCCUAUCAAGAAGUCAUGUGUUACGGUGGUCAAAAAUAUACAUGACACUGUUCCGGACCUGAAAACAUAUAUCCCACGGCAUCAGACAGUACUAUAAACCUAAAAAUAGGUACUGGGGUCGUCGUGAUAUCUGUAUUUAAACAUUAAAAAAUUGUUCACGAAAUUUGUCUCUCGAUUCAGAAAGAGAUAAAUAAGUGAAUUGGCACGUCGGUAAAAAGGUGGUGUGGUGCUUUGUUGAGCAAAUAUAUGUUUGAAACAGAUGAAUGUCAUCAAAAACGUGUUACCCAGAGAUGGCAUACCGAUGGGUAAGGGGGGAACCUGGGGGUUGGGUAUAGUCCGUUUAAGGUAAAGUUGGCUUAUUAUUGUUGGUAAACAUUGAAAAAAUAAUUCUCUGAUUUCUUUACCUAAAAAUAAUUUAGGACAAAAAUCACCCUCCAUUCGAUCUCGAGCUGGAAAACAACUUUUAUACAAAGCUCCACCCUCGCUACGACAGACCUUUAAUGCGACUGCUGCCUAGUUCUAUUGUUAGCUUAGAUCUCAUAACAUAAUUCUAAAAAGCAACGGCUGGGUUGCAAGCGACUGAAGCGCCACACAACGACCAGGCUAGUUACUCAUUAAACGUACCCUGUACUAUCUGAACUUCCCAAUAUGGAUUGAUGUUUAUAGAAUGGUUAAUGUAAAUGACAAACUGACAAACCAACUGAGCGUUACAAAUAUCAGUUAUGUUCUGUUUUGAAACAAAUUAAAAUACCCAAAACUUUAUUUGCCUUAGCACCCAUUUAUGUACGCUACUCGAAUCGAUAGAUAGUUUCCCUCUUUGAUUCUAUUGUCGAACAUUGUUGGGUGACAAUGUUCCACGAAUCAAGUCGUGUGCAUUAAUGAGUGCUUAGAAGUCUCAGAUAGUUCGAACUUUCGUAGCAUUUUUUAAGUUUAUGCGAGUUGUGCUAGGAAAUAAAAUUUAACAAACCUUUUAUACUGACUUUUUUCAGCUUGCCAGUUAAAUAGCACUCUGGUCAUUCUAGUUAGCCAAUAUGAAAAUACAGAGAAGUGUAAAGGAACAUAGUGUCUUUUGAACAAAAUUUGGUUUAUAACAUCAUGCGGAUGCAUUACCUGUUGCCGUGUAGAUUUUAUUGUGAUCUUUACUUCUAAUUUAAAAUGUCUUUUACAAUUUACGAUACUGUUUUAGCUUUAUAUAGGCAUUCUUGUAUUUAGACCUGAGUUAUACCCGUUUAUUGUUAUGUAUUUUUAGAAGAUAUCCAUUAAUUUUGGGAUAUUUGACAUUUACUUCAUUAAUAUGUAAAUAUACACAAGACAAUAGAUAUCAGUAUUAUUACUUAUAACUUUUGUCAAAUGAAUGUGUAAUUUCAUGUAGGAAUAUAUUAAAUAAUGUUCAAGUGUUAUGUGCCUACUGCAAAAAGAAGCUAAGAUAGAGCUGAGCCCUAUCAAGUGGGCAUAUAGAUUGUGUUAUCUUCAUAAUAUAUAUUUUUUUUGGCCUGGUUGCAAUUACUUGAAUCGAUAAAAGGUUUUUUUGCAGUAUUAUAACUUUAAUGCAAAAUUUAAGUACAUCAUUAGUAAAAUAAUUUGAUAUAUUAAAAUUUUUAUAAAAAUGUUUUUUCUACAUAUACUUUCGGAACUUGAGUUUUAAUCAGUUUGCAAGUAAUGAGAGUACCUACUCAUUGUUUUCAUUUAAAAAUAUCUUGCCAAAUUGUGUACGAGUUUCUUCAUCAAUUUCACACCCCAAAUGAGCUUUAAGUUUAGGUAUGAUAAUUUAUUUUUAUACUUCAUUAUAUAAUUGAAUGCCCCUGAGAUAAUGUCAUACAUGUUUAAACAAUUGCCAUAUCAUAAGUAAAUGUAUUUAGUGAUUUAAGUUUUAUGUUUCAAAUAGGAAUCAAAUUGUAUACAUUUUGUAUAUAAAAACAAAAUAAAUAUCUUUACCUA